AUGGCUACAGUACGGAUAUGCGUCUGCGGGGACGAAGGAACGGGGAAGUCGAGUCUGAUCACAUCUUUGGUCAAAGACGUCUAUGUGAAAAACAAGAUCCAAUCUGUCCUUCCACAGAUCACCAUCCCUCCCACGAUUGGUACGCCUGAGAAUGUUACGACCACCAUCGUCGAUACCUCGGCCCUGCCACAAGAACGAAACACCCUGCGAAAGGAGAUUCGAAAGUCGAAUGUUAUACUGCUGGUCUACUCAGACCACUACAGCUAUGAACGGGUGGCAUUGUUCUGGAUGCCGUACUUUCGCUCUCUUGGAGUGAAUGUACCGGUGGUCCUAUGUGCCAACAAGUCCGACUUGACUACGAAUGGGAAUACAACACAAGUUGUCGAGGAAGAGAUGCUGCCGGUCAUGGCAGAGUUUAAGGAAAUAGAUUCUUGCAUACGGACCAGCGCGAGAGAACAUCAUAAUGUUAAUGAGGUCUUCUUUCUAUGCCAGAAAGCUGUUACACACCCCAUUGCACCUUUAUUCGACUCGAAGGAGGGCAAUCUCAAGCCAGCUGCGGUGGCUGCAUUGAAGCGAAUAUUCUUCUUGUGCGAUAAGGACCAGGAUGGGUACUUAAAUGACCAAGAGAUGCACGAAUUUCAAGCAAAGUGCUUCGAGAAGCCAUUGUCACCAGAGGACCUGGAUAAUAUCAAAUUGUCAAUCAGCAAAGCAUCACCAAAGUCCGAUAUCAAUAGGGGCAUCGAUCAGAAAGGAUUCAUCUAUCUCAAUAAGAUUUUUGCAGAAAAAGGAAGACAUGAGACCAUAUGGAUUAUUUUACGGCAGUUUCAUUACACUGACAGUCUGAGCUUGAAGGAUAGCUUCCUACAUCCAAAGUUUGAUAUCCCCGAAUACUCUUCUGCAGAGCUUAGUCCGGCUGGGUAUAGAUUCUUUGUCGAUCUGUUUCUACUAUUUGACAAGGACAACGAUGGAGGAUUAAAUGACUCGGAAUUGGACGCCCUUUUUGCGCCCACUCCAGGGCUGCCCUCAUCAUGGUUGGAGACCUCAUUUCCUUCUUCGACGGUUCAAAAUGAAGCUGGACAUAUCACUCUCCAAGGUUGGCUUGCCCAGUGGUCAAUGACUACAUUUACAUCACCAAAUACGACUCUUUCCUAUCUUGCGUAUCUUGGCUUCGAACCAGCAACUGGACCCCGGACAGCCACCACUGCUGCACUCAAGAUUACGAAACCUAGAAAGAGGCGAAGGCGGCCUGGGCGAGUUGAACGCAAUGUGGUCCUGUGUUAUGUGAUUGGUGCGCAGGAGUCAGGCAAGUCUUCACUUCUGGAUGCUUUUCUGAAUCGACCUUUCGAUUCGUUGUACCGGCCUACGAUUAAACCUCGAACCGCAGUCAACAGUGUCGAACUUCAUGGUGGCAAGCAAUGCUAUCUGAUCUUGGAAGAGCUCGGUGAGCUGGAACCCGCUAUUCUUGAGAACCAGGCGAAGCUCGAUGCCUGUGACCUGAUCUGCUACACUUACGACUCUUCCAAUCCCGAUUCGUUUUCACACAUCGUCUCGUUGCGACAGAAAUAUCCACAGCUAGAUGAGCUUCCGGCUAUAUACACAGCCUUGAAAGCAGACCAAGACAAGACCACACAACGGUCAGAAAUGCAGCCCGACGAGUACACGUUAAGCCUGAACAUGAAUGCACCUCUGCAUGUCAGUGUCACAUGGAACAGCAUCAGCGAAUUGUUCGUCACCUUAGCCGAAGCAGCUACGAACCCGAGUCUAGCAUUCCCGAAGAGCGAGGAAGAGGCACCGGAUAGGACGGGCAUGUAUAUUGCAGCAGGUGCUACGGCAUGUGCUUUGAUUGCUGCUGCCAUGAUUUGGAGACGUGCAACGAACUCUAACUGA